GUUUGCCCCGUCGUGUUUUCCACAUGGAUCAGAAGACACAGGAAUGCUCGGAGAUCAAUUGUUAUGGUUGGCUGCACUGCUCAGCUAUUCACUUACCUCAUCACAUUCAUCAACCUACCAGACACUGCGGUGUUUGGCAACACUGACCAACCGAGCCUCAUAACACCGAGCGCAACGUUAGCCAUGACAGGCAGUCUACUUCUGAACUUCGGCGAUUCUUGUUUAAACACUCAAAUAUUCUCCAUUAUCGCCGACUUAUAUAGAGAUAGCAGCGCUGAGGCUUGUGCCUUUUAUAAGUUUUUCAAGGCAGUGUGCAUUGCUCUCAGUUUCUACUGUUGUAGCCACAUUGGGCUGCAUGUUCAAGUAGCAAUCCUGUCUGCGAUGGCUCUGAUUGGUGUUUUUUGUUUCUUCAUUGCCGACAGAGACAUCGUCACAGCUACUACUGGCAGUAAUACAGUCACUCAAGACACCGAAAACAAGUCAAAAUUAAGGAAAUCUUAA